AACAGCUCAACCAGUCUUCAUUCGCAUACUCAACUCUUCCACAACCAUGGGCCAUCGCGUUUUCGGCAACCUGAUCAAGUACCGCCACGUUGUGACUUACAGCCUGUCUCCCUACGAGCAGCGCCCCUUCGCCGGCUUCUCAAAAAGCUUUGGCAACAUGUACCGCCGCGCUUCCGAGGGCUUCUGGAACGCUGGCCCAGCACUUAUUCUCGGCAUUGUCGUUUACAAGUGGGCAAACGAUGCCAACGCCGCCACCCACCGCAAGAACCCUGCCGACUAUGCCGAAGGCGCUGCUCCCGCUCACCAUUAAGGCGUAGUGCGUGUCUGGAAGCGCACAAAAUUGUUUGUUUGUUUUUGUAUAUGUACUAGUUGCUUUCCCUUCGACGUGGAUGAUGCACAAGGCAGCCGCGCUUUCGAUUGAUUGCUGUCGGCGAGCGGAGUCGGCUUGUUUGGUCGCUUCUUGGCUCCCGUUUCCUCCCUUUGAACACGCACCCGGUCCUCUUUCGGUGCUGCUGGGGAGUGACAUGAAUUGUCAUCAACAGCAGCAUGAUCAUGUCCCAGCGGUGCUUUUUGUUUGUGUUCUGCAUUCCUGUCAAGUGCAUGUAAAUCCUUGAUUCUUCGUCC